AUGAUGUACCAAUCAUCAAUACUCAACAACACACCCAAGCUACCAAAGGUGUUGUUGCCAGUGAUGGUGAUGUUGGUACUUUUACUGUGCUCAGACCGUGUGAGCGCAGAUAUAGACUCCAUGUCUGCUCGGGCUUCAUACAUGGGCGGUGGCACAAACUUUGUAGUGCAAGCCACUGGAUUCCCCCUUCCGCCUGUAGUCCAGCUCACCCUUGGCGGUGGUGCUCCUCCAGUUAUCUUCCCCUUUGUCUCCGUUGUUGGCACCACCUACACCUACACAGUACCCGCCGAGCCACCCGGUGGAGACAAGAAGCGCCGCAGUAGUAUCGAUUUCACUUUAGAUAUCUUCAACGGUCUAGUUAAUGCAUACCAUGGUGCAUUCUCAUAUUUGGCUGCUGAGAUCGAAGACUUUGAUCCUCCAAAGCACUUCCAAGCAUCAAAUGGACGAAGGCUAACCAUUAAUGGUGCCAAUCUCAAAAUUGACCCUACCUUCCCGCCUCCAACUGUAAGCAUUGGCACCUCCGUUUGUGCUCUCACAGAUUAUAAGGAUACCAGGAUCCAAUGUACAAUGGGCAACCAACUAGCAUCUGUUGCAGUGCCAAUCACAAUCACCUAUUACAAUGGUUAUACAGUAACUGCUUCCAAUAUGUUUGAUGUUGUUAACCCGAUUAUCAACAACAUUGUACCUGCAUCAAUCUCAGCUGGACAAUCCCAAGUGAUCGCAUUGAAUGGUAACUUCCUGUAUGAUUUCCCUCAUGAGAUCAUGUCAAAGAUAACCUUUGGCGGUGAGGACUGUACAAACAUUGUGAUUGUCAGUUCAACUCAGAUCAAAUGUACAUCGGCACUCUUUACCGGUGUACCACAAGGCACAGCCCAAAACAAAGUGCUAGCAAUGACCAUCGGUGCUCAGAAUGUCAUAGCCGUAAUCAAUCUUGAAGUCUAUGAGCCUCUAAUUAAUGCAGUCCUACCAAGACAAGGAUUGUCCGUUGGUGGAACUGUUAUUAGAGUUACAGGAUUGUUCCUCAGUGCAGUCACUGCCGUGGCAAUUGGUGGAUCAAAUUGUGUAUUAGUCCCACCCUCAAUUGCCGCCGGUCAGUUUGAUUGUACGACCUCCCUCUACAACCUCGGUCCCGGUAUCAACAGUGCCACCUUCCCACUUGUAAUCACCAUCGAUGGCCAAAACUACCAGUCCCAAGCCCCCGAGGUGUUCACCUAUUACACUCCCGUCAUCCAAGCUUUGUUGCCUGUCAACAUGAUCACACUGGGAACAUUCUUGAUGAGUGUACAAGGUGUUAACUUCUAUGGAGUGACAGCUGUCAAGAUUGGUCCGGUCACAGUCAAUGUGUUCAAGCCAACGAGUAAUGACCUGACAUUGUUAUUUGAUGUUAACGCUGCUUUGUUGACAGUUGGUAACAACGCCGUCACUGUUGAGAUUGGAACCGUCUCAUCCAACGCCAUGAACUUCCCCGUGGCCGUGCCGUCCCUUGGCGCACCCGUCCCCGCCACUGGAUUCCUCCAUGCAGUCACCCCGAUCACCUUAACCAUUGCCAACUUCCCCACGCUAGCCAGUGGCGCACCGCUCAACACUGUCACCAAGGUGUAUGUCAAUGGAAUAGAGUGCAAGAAUUUGGUUAUGCCUAGUGCCACUCAAUUCACAUGUGAUGCACCCGCCGCACCCGCCGCCGGAGCUUUCCCCAUCACAUUCAAGGUGCUCGAGCAGGACUACAACCCAGCACAGACCUACACCUACUACGACCUCAACAUCGCAGGCCAGACCCAGUCGACCACCAUCCCAGCCGGUGGUGGAGUGCUCACACUCAAUGGAGGCCAUCUCGACGUCGUUCAAACAGUCACCAUCAACGCUAUCCCCGUUGUCGGAUGUACCAUUGGCGCUGCCCAGAUCACAUGUCCCAUCCCUCGUAACCUUCCCGGCGCCUACCCAGUCGCUGUCAUCGCCAGUGGCGUCAUCUAUCCAUCACCGGCACCGAUCAACUACAUUGGACCCAACCUCCUCAGCAUCAGCCCCAUCCAGGGUAACUCCAAACGUGUGGUCCCCAUCACAUUGGGUGGAAACAACCUCGGAGCUGUUGCGGCCGGCAUCACCAUCACCAUUGGUGGAGUCAACUGUCCCAAUGUUGUGGUCAAGCCGCAAGUCGGUGGCCUGGACCAAAUAGGUUGUGACGUGCCAGUCACUGCGGCCGGCAUGCAUAAUGUAGUGAUUAAUGUUGUGCCCGGUGGUGGUGGCGCGGCCGUAGCCUCCAUCAACAACGUACAAUACCGAUCGAAUGGCCUGGCCUGUCUGGGCGCACCCCUCGCCGACGACUCCAACUCACCAGUCGAAUGGUGGUUCACGUACAAGCAGAGCCACACUGAUCCGAAUUUCGAUUACAUCUACAUCGACAACACGCUAGACCGUCUCGUCAAGCUCCACCCCCUGUCAAACUUCGGUGCCACCUCCACUUCCUUCAGUCCCCUGGCCAUCACCUUUGAUCAGUACCGCGACUACCACUAUGCCUUCUUCAAUGACCAGCCGGGUUCGCGAGACAACGACGGCAGGCGUUCGAACGAAUUCACCCCACGGUUCGGCCACGGCCAUCUCAAGGCCUUUGUCAUCUUUGAUUACAACGCCGCCACCCUGCAAUAUGAGGGCAUCCACGUGAUGCACUCCAACCCGGUGUUCCCUGCAACCCGCGGCGCCAAUGCAUACUACGACAUCACUGCUGGAAUGCGCUGGAUUGGCCAAGCGGACAACAACCAACACUUCUUCUGCUAUCCAUUCUCCAGCAUCGAGAUGCCCUUCAACUACUUAAUCCACAACGACGCCAGCAUGUACCCCACCUUUAACAUGCCCGCGGGCAUGGGCGCCUGGCCCCAGGCCACAAAGAACCGCUUCCCCUUCUUCUACGACUACAUGGCGCUAUGGAUGGGUCUGCCGCAGCGUAUCCCGAUCCCCCCUGCAGUCCCUUGCAACCAGAUCUGUUUCCAGCAGUUGUGUGAGGCGGCCAUUAUCGUCAACCCCAACGUCCGCGACAUUUGCUACUGGCAGUCGCCCGCAUUCAUGAUUGGCGGCAGGACCGCUAACUACUUCAUGAAGACAUCGCUCGACACCAGGGUCGUUACGUUCCCACCCCUCGCCGGUGCCUCCCCACCCGGUCUCGAUCGCUUCAUUGUCAUCAACCACUUCCUUCCAAAGAAAUACGAUGGAAUUGACAUCUGGACCGUUGUUGCCGAAUCCUACGGACGUAUGAUGUUUAUCGAGAUGUUCUACAAGACUCCAGUCCAAAUGUUAUCCACCAAUGCUGUAAUCAAUGUUGGUUUACUACAUCUUCCACCAUAUUUAAGCGGAGCUGUCAACACAGGUCCUCCACUCAAUCAAUGGAAUUACUUUGACUAUUCAUAUUCUGGAAAGAGUAAUGAGCAUGCCAAACUUGGAUUCCCCAUAUAUCCUGUCGUCGGUCCCAAUGCCAUGGCACCCAACAACAACAUGUUCUGUGUCGGUGAUUCAAACAGACAUAAUGGACAAGGUGCAAGAGGUGGAGGUACACUAUGUUUCCAACAUCCAACACUUUCAUACCAGUUCAGUAGCAUGGUAAAGUCGUACAACUCAAUCACCACUGCCAAUGGUUUAAUGCAGAAACCUUCGAGAGGUCGUUCAACUUCAAUGUCCUAUAAUGCCGCCAUCAUCCAACCUUUGAAGCUCCCCAGAGCAGCAUGGCCCAAUGACGUUAUCUUUGAGAUAAGGGACGCUAUCAACGGCAUUGUCACACCCAAGCUGCCCCCAUUCAUGGGUGUGGUGACCGCCGCCACCGCCGCCCUCCCAGUCGACGUGGAAUCCAAGUUCCUGUCUCUGAGGAAUAAUCUGGCCUUUUGUGGAGGACCCUCCGACGACCUUGGAAACAUCGCACCCGAGGUGUCAAUCAGUGGAUACGUCUCGGACGACACGUUUGCAAUAAUGUACGUGGCGGCCGAUGUCCUCGUCGCAUCAAUCUGUGACAAUGUCCCGCUGAUGUUCCCGCCAACACCCUGCGACCAGAACAAUGCCCGCCGCACAAGGAUCACUGAGAUUGUGGCGGCACCCCCUCCACCACCCCUGGUGUUCCCCGCCACCUACAACCAAAACUACCUCGAAACCAUGACCCUGCGAACAUUCGACCUUGAGGCCAUCAAUGACUUCCAGGUGGUCCAGUUCACCGACGAGUUCCGUCAUAAGAUCUUGCUCAACCCAGCCGCACUGCCCCCUAUCCAGUACAUUAUCGAUGCCACACUUCAGGUUCCUUCGGUGCUGGGUGCCUACACGACCCGCAGGCUGGCACCCAUCUGUAAUGAGGAGCUGGCUUACGAUGUGCUGAUGUCGUACGUGUACCAGCAGUCCAACUUCCCACCUCAAGCCGAGACCAUCUUCAUGAUUGACAAUGCCCCAAUACCCAACUGGGCCAACGGUGUGUUGUACGCUCUAUCCAAGUUCAUGUACAAUGAGAUCCCCGAUCCAAUGGGUGUCGUCAAGACCCCGGCGUUCAACCCCUGUGUCACCAUGUACUUCCCUGCGAUGCCCAACAUUGAAACCUAUACUCCGGCCCGACCAAUCAACAUGGCGCCCACUCAAAUCGAGCUGUUCUACCGCACAGCGGCGGCCACAUGGGACAUGAUGUCCAUGUCGAUCAACAAUGGCAAUGGAGCUAGGGUUGCGCGUGUCAACAACGCCGACGUCAUCACAUGGAAUGCAUUCCUGACUCAAAUUAUCGCGUUGCGUCAGGGCAAUGGCAUCACCUCGCUCUCUCAAAUGCUCGGAUUGAUGGCCCAAGCCAACCCCGCCAUCGACUCUCCCGCCAACAGGCAGUCGCUCAUCAACAACUACUUGGUCGCACCACCCCCUGUCAUUGUCCCCAUGCCCUCUUUCUUUGCCAUGCCACAAGGCCUCUCCACGUCCUCGCUCCUGGCCAGCAGCGUGCCUCCCCACCGCCUUUUCCCCAACUUAACCUCUCUUGCCGUUGAUCCUGAAUACCUCGUCUCGCCCAUCCAGCAAUUGUUGCAGGUACAAAAGUCAUUCAGCGAUGAGGAGAUCAUCUACUUGAGCGACGAUCAGACCAACAAGUUGAUCGAUUCGAUGAUGAAGUGGGCCACGAUCGCCGGUGUUAACCAGGCCGUCCAAGUGCUCUUUACCGAUCCCUGGACCCAGACUCAGAACCAGCCAAUCCAGUUCAUCUCUGAGCUGAACCGCGACCAAAUAGGCGGUGAUAUUCAGCUGUGCUCUAGCCAAAUCAACCCGGACGAAACCUUGAUCGCCGUCUGCUCCCCCAUGUCGAUCAACGCCAUAACCUUCUUCAUUGAGAGUGCCAUCGUCUCGUCCGUCUCUUCUCAGGUGCAGUAUGGCGACUUCAACGCCUACUUCCUCCCCAUGCCACCCAACUACAACGGCUCGAUCAGCUCCCAGUACGGCGGCAUGGCCAUCGCCACGAUCAACUCUGAGAUCUGUGACAUCCAAAUGAUGACCACAGGCGACUUCCUCUCGCACAACUUUGACAACCUGUGCGCAUCCAUCGGACCAGUCGUGGUUAACAUCACCAGUCUCACAGGUCCCACGUCUGGCGGCGUAACAACCACAAUCAAUGGCUUCAGAUUCAACUCCUCACUCAACAUUCAGAUGGGCAAACAUAGCCAGGUCACACCUCAGGUCAUCUCACCCUGGGUGAUCGAGUUCCAGACGCCAGCCGGUAUCGGCCACCAAGUGUUGUUCCACUUCUUUAGCAGCACAAUAUUGUUCAACAUCCAGCGCACCAAGUUCUAUUACAAAUACGAUGCGCCAAUCGUCACCGACGUGUCGCCCGCCACCCUGGACAGCCAGGGCGGUUCCACACUCACGAUCACUGGAAGCAACUUUGGCAACGACCCAUACAUUGUGGAAGUCACAAUCGAUGAAGACACACCAUGUUACCCUGUCCUGGGCAUCACCAGCACCUCAUUGGCAUGCUACUCCCCAUCGGGAGUCGGCCAGGACAAGACUGUCACCGUUAAAGUCGGCGGCCAGUCAUCCAAGUUCACCGUGGAGACCAUCCCCACGAUGUCCUUUGACUACGAGGCACCAUCACUUCAACAGUUCUUGCCACCCGCUGCUGAUGCUGGUGACUUUGUUGUGAUCCAGGGUGAUGGUUUCGGAUCUAUCGACGAUGGAUACGGCCCACCCAUGGUGUUCAUGGGCGAUCAGUUGCUCCAAGUGGUCGACUACACCGACACCUACAUCAAGGUGCUUUUGGACGAGGGCGUUGGCAGCAACCAGAGUGUGACAAUUCAGGCUGGCGAUCAAACAUCAACCUUAUUCACUCAGUUUGGAUACCUCCCACCUCUGAUCACCGGCGUCUUCCAGUCCGACCAACUAUCCACCUCAGGUGGCGCCGUCCAGAUCAUCGGCGAGGGUUGGGGACUGGCCUCAACAGAGAUCGACUAUGUUCGCAUUGGCAACAUUGAGCUCAACUACUGCAAUCCAUUUGACAAGUUUGUUGAGUGCCUUGUGCCUCCAGGCGUUGGUGCCAAACUGCCAAUCACGGCAUCAGUCGGAGGACAAGUGGCCAUCGGCGGAACAUAUGAAAACUACGUGUCGUACGCCCCACCCUUCAUCAACCGCUACCGAUACUUCAAUAAUGGUACCUUCAACAACUUACUCAUGCUGAAUGGUCGCAACUUCUUCCCUGCGAACGCUGGCGUCAACUUGACAAGUUCAUCAUACAUUGAGAUCAAGUACACUGACAACAGUCUGUACUUGUGCAACAAUGGCUUUGUCAACAGCUCAUACGCCCAAUGUCCACUCGUAUCAACUGUCGCUAGUAUUGUAAUGUACGUUGGCGGACAGAUAUCCAACGAGCUGUACAUCAGCAACAACACAUAUCAGUUCCAAUUGUUUGUGUUCAAUGAUACCGAUCACAAUGGAUUGUACAACUCCAGCAUCGACCUGCCCAUGGGCAAGAUCCCCGUGACACUCACCGAUCCAAAGGGCGUCACUCAAACAUUCGACACUGAUGCCUCUGGCUACGUCACCGCCACACUCAUUCAGAAUGAGUACGUCGUCUAUGUUGGACCACUUGAUCCCAGCAUCUUCCCCAAUGUAUUCAUCUCGAUCAACAACAUCACCAUCGACCUGUCCCAGAAUAUCAAUGUCUCCAUACCCGUCACCACCAAGUUCAUCUAUGGAUGUAUUGGUAGACUCUACUCUGAGCGAGCCAUCAUGGAUGUUCAAUAUGGAUUGACACCAAUAUCGAACUGGGGCUUCUGUGAUCCAGACUACAACGCCUACUGCACCUACGUCAUCACCAGAACAGAGUUCCCCGAUGGAUGUAUCCCAAUGUUUGGUAACAAAUCUGUUAAUGUCAGAUACAGUACAACAUUGACCAUCAAUAACUACAUGGACAAUAAUUUGACAGGCGUCAACACUGGCAUCGGACCGGGACAACAGGAUUACUUCUUCGUCCUCGCAUACGCUUGGAAUGGUAUUGAUACUUGGUCAAUGACCGUCACGCCCUCGACCAAUGGUAUCUUCGUUGUGGACUCUAUUCCACCCGUCAACAUCAACAUCACCUUCUGGACCAGAACAAACAAUCUCAUUCCGAUCAUCAACAGACAUGUGUUCAAGUUGCCCGUCACCAAGGAGGUAUCAUUCCACUCUGAAUACUUUGGAUUCUACAACGCUUUCUCCAACGCCUCCAACACAUUGUAUCCGGCAACAUUGUUCUCCAGUCUAACUGGCGGAUACAAGGGUGACACGAUGAGCUUGCCACUGGGCAAGUACAACGCGGCAACACUUCUGGCGCAGUACUCAUUCGUCAACAAUACCCGAUCAUUCUUUGGCAACUCUACAUUCUACAACGUCUACGUCUACACCAAUCACAGCUCCAACAGUGUUAUCACAGGUAUACCUACGAAUGGCGUCGUCAACCUCGUGUCCAUGUCCCAACAGCCCAUCGGUGUCCAGUUUGAGAUCUCCUCAUCGACGCUCUUCAACUUCCUCACUCCAGAUGGUCCACUCAGCAAUCAAGGACAGAACGUAACAUUCGUAUCACCCUACACAUUCGAGCAACCAAUCUACUCUGUCGAUGUUCAAGGUGUACCAACGGUAAUACCCUGCACGACUAAUGGUAGACAACAGUCAACAUGUAACUUCCCAGCCAACAGUGGUGGACAACAUACAAUCACUCUGACAUGGCGUGGUCUGCCACUGUACCAGACCUAUCCAGUUUGGUAUAGAACCAAUUAA